AUGGCUAUGAGGAAAAAAAUUCUUGGAGGAAAAAGCAAAAAACCAUCUAAGCCAAAUAGACCACCAUUAGAUUCACAAAAUCACAACAAUCAAGACCCUAAUAAACUAGCACAGCCUGAAGCUAAUUCACUGAACCCUAUUAAAAACGCUGAAUCCAGUCGCUCUCUGCCUAAAUCCGACAAUAAGAAAAAUCUUCCCAUCAAGCAAAUAUUUUCUGACGCUAAAAUCUGUCAAUCAGAGUUUGUGUCAUCUAUACAAAGCUUUCCAAAUAAUUUACCUAUUAUUCCAAGUUUGGAUGAAGGGCUUCCAGAUAUUGAUAAAGAAAUAUCUUACUUACUUAAUUAUCUGGUGUUUAAGGUGUCUAGUGCCGCAGCCCAAAAGGGCCUAUGGCAAAAACUAGUGACGUAGGCGAGCCAUCUUGGAACAGGUCAGCCCUGGUCAAGCCUUCUAUCAACUUCUGCUUCACCAGCCUUGCUGCACGUCUCACCCGGCGCGAUGCCGUCGCCCUUGUCUCGACUCAGCUCCUGCGCGUGUUCCGCCUAAGGGUCAUCCUCCCGUGGGGAUGUGCUGAGAGGUAAAAGCCCGAAAUCUUGAGAGGACUGAGGAGCAGUUCCUCUGGUUAUCCUCAGAGUUAAACCGCUAUUGCUGUCCAGAAGUUCUCGAGAGAAAACCUAACCCUAUAAAUAAAAUUCGAUGAGGGAGAGAAAAUUAGCAAAGCUAAUUUCUCUCGAACCGAAUGCUAUUUUAUUAUGAUAAAGAAAUAUCAAUUCGUCAAAGUGUUUAUCCUGAGCCUCAAGAAGAAUUCCUUCCUGAUAUUGAACCUAAAUAUAACAAUCCUCAAAUCCUACCUAAUCAUUUUACCCUACAAGCAGAUCUUCCAGAUAUUGAUGGAGCACUAUCAAAUCAUAAGCCUGAAGAAGAUUUUCUUCCUGAUAUUCGAAGCUCACAUGUCGAGCCAGAUCCAUAUGAUAAUCUUCCAGAUAUCAGCGCACCUCCAUCUGUCACACCUGGCUUGUCUACAAUCCCCAAGAAUUCCUUUAAAACAAUCCCAUAUACCCAACCUCAGCUAAAUAAUGAUAUUCAGCCUAUUUUAUCAGCCAUAAAAGAAAUAGAUGAAGAUCUCCCAGAUAUCUCAAGCUGAUCUACAGCUUAUCAAACAUCAAAUAGAAUCCCCCAAGAAGAUUUAAACGAAGAAGACCUUCCAGACAUUUCAAAUUACACUCAGAGUUCAACAGAAGAAAGCCAAAAAAGUAAUUUACAACAAAGCCUGCUAGGAAGCAUUUAUCAGUCUUGACAAAAAUCAAUGAUUGAAAGAAAAAAAGAAGCGUCUCCAAAAGAAAAAAAACCUAAAACCAUUAAAAUUCAGCUCCCAAUAAGCAUGAAAUGUGCAUAUUGCGAAAAUGAUAGGUAUGAGUCAGACUUUUUUCCUAUGCAUUAUGGUGCUGAAAAAGAAAUAAUCUGUAAAAUGUGCUGGAAUACUAGUGCAAUUGCAGCAGAAGGCGAAAAAAUAGAGAUUAAAAAUAAAUGCAGCACUUGUGAAGAGUGAAAACACAGGUAUUUUGGAGACCAAGUAUGCCCAAAUAACUGUAUUGUAUGCCAGGAUUGCCAGUAUUCAUAUAUAUUUAUUUGUAAAAUUCGUGGGAAAAAAGAAGAAACAUGUGUUUGCUGUGAUAGAAAACUAAACCUAAUUAUAUUGAUUGAAAAAUUAAGGUAGGCUUCCUAUUUGCUAGAAGAAAUAAUUAGUCUCAUAAAGCAAUUUUCAAUCAACAUUAUAAGAUAUAGUAAAGAAAAGCCAGCCUUGGCACAUAGUGGCAGCUUAA